CGGCCUCCUGAGUCCCGCAGUGAUGGGGUCGGGUGGGACCCCUUGCUGGGCCCCGCAGCGGGUGCUCCUGUCUCAGGAUUAAUGUGGAGCCUAGGCCAUGGUGCAGUCGGCUCCCACCCCAGCCAUGGACGAGGUCACCUUUAGAAGCGACACUGUGCUGUCAGACGUCCACCUCUAUACCCCGAACCACAGACACCUCAUGGUGCGGCUGAACAGCGUGGGGCAACCCGUUUUCCUGUCCCAGUUCAAGCUUCUGUGGAGCCGAGACUCUUGGACAGACUCAGGGGCUGAGGGUGGUGAUCACCAAGACGCUCACACAGAGGAGCCUCCUCCUGCCGGGACAGGCAGCACAGGGUCCCCUCUGGGAGGUGGCCACAGGCAUGAGGGUUUCUCCCUCCAGGCCGGGGCUGACACCACUGGCCAGGAAGGGGCAGGAGCUCAGCUGGACGAGGACGGGGAUUUGGACGUAGUGAGAAGACCGUGGGCCACCUCUGAUCUCCACCCAGCGGGGCCUCCGAGAGACAAGGUACAUCCCAUGAUUCUAGCACAGGAAGAAGAGGACAACAUGGGAGACGAGGCACACGAGGACAGCCCCCACAGUAUCAUCAAAAUAGAGCACACCAUGGCCACCCCCUUGGAGGAUGUUGGCAAGCAGGUGUGGCGGGGCGCCCUGCUCCUGGCGGACUAUAUCCUGUUCCAACGGGACCUCUUCCAAGGGUGCACCGUGCUGGAGCUUGGGGCGGGCACGGGGCUUGUUAGCAUCGUUGCAGCCACCAUGGCACGGACCGUUUAUUGUACAGAUGUCGGUGCAGAUCUCUUGGCCAUGUGCCAGCGGAACAUUACCCUCAACAGCCACCUGGUUGCCACUGCAGGUGGUAUAAUAAAGGUCAAGGAACUGGACUGGCUGAAGGAUGACUUUUGCACAGAUCCCGAGGUCCCCUUCAGUUGGUCAGAAGAGGAAAUCUCUGACUUGUACGAUCACACCACCAUACUGUUUGCAGCCGAAGUGUUUUACGACGACGACUUGACCGAUGCUGUGUUCAGAACUCUCUCCCGACUCGCCCACAGAUUCAAGAACGCCUGCACGGCCAUCCUGUCGGUGGAGAAGAGGUGA